UUGGUCAUGAGCUUGGGGCUGCAGAUUUGCAAAUAUGAGCGCCACAACAAUAUUAAAGCUGAACCAUUAUUGUUUGUACGAGACAUUUCGACAGAUCAAAGCUAAUUGCGAGUUGAACAGACGUUCUCCUGAGAAAUAUUGGGAUCUGAUUAAUUUCUUUAUCAGCUGUGAGAGAUUCGUCAACGUUUUUAAAGAGUGGAACUAUGACCUAUACAAGGAGCUUCAUAUCGAUUUUGCCUUUUUACAAGCGAAAAAUAUGGUAACAAUCGAUUUGGCCAGGGUAUACGAAUCACUAAAAAGCGUUUCCAAAGCUAGCAAAGAACUAUAUUGGAAAUUGUAUGUUAAUGCGGUUAAGGAGAACAAACAAAUGAAUGGAAUGAGCAUAACUUUUAAACCAUCCCGAUACAACCCCGAACAUUUGGAUAGAUUUGAGGUCCUGAUAAAUGCCAUUAAAAACAAGAUCAGUCUUCAAACACUCUUUAUAGACGUUCCAGGGUAUAGCCUUCAAAAUGUGCCGCCGCUCGGCCUAUUGAGAAUAAUCUAUCUCAAUGUUCGAAUGAAUGCAGAGGACUUGGUGCAGUUGGUCCGAGCAAAUCGGUUUUUAAACUCUCUAACAUUCGCCAAUACCGAAUUAUAUGGAAGUUUUGCGGAUAUUGUGCCAUACUGUAAGCAUCUGGAAGUUCUUGAUUUGACUAUGAAGCCCGGCAUCGAUGCCACAAAAUAUGCCCCUCAGGCAAAUUUGCCUUUACUUGAGAUAUUAAGACUUAGAGGAUACCAUCAAAGCGGAACUCUGGUUAAGUUAUUUCAAAAUCUUAAGGGAAGGGGUAUUCAGAGACUAGAUAUUCCGGACAUUUUGCUCAGCAAACAGGAGGCGCAGGCGAUGUUACAAUUAAACACAUUAUCCCACAUUUUAAAUGGUUUUAGUGACAAACAGAUCGUCGCUGAUAUGACACAUCUCAAGAAUCUAAAAUUCGUCUAUUUAUAUGCCCGGCGGGGUCAACUUGUUUUAUUGGUUGAGUUGAUGGGAUUGGCAUAAAAGUCUACAAUAGAAAUUAAUAUCAAGUAUCGUCAUUUAAUGAUCAGUAUGUCGAAUGAACUUGGGGAAUUAAAAGUGUCAUUUUACAAUGAUGGUGAUGAUGAACUAGUCGAUGUGGAUGUUGAUGAUUUCUAUAUGUUAGC